GUUGUCGUUCCCUUCACGUUACUAAAAAUAUGGCAAGGGAAGUUGUAGAUGUUGGGAGGUAUGCUCAGAAAUAAAUAAGAGCUGCGUUGCAUGCUUAGUGGACGGAAUAGCAUUGGCUGCAUGCUGUUUACUUUACAAAGGGCAUUUUGCUAUGUUGCUUGUAAACCGAUCUGAGCUGGAACAGCUUCUUUUGAUUUAAUUUUGCAGUUCAUGCCGACACCGGAUAACACAAGUCAGCAAAUUCGACAGCAGUCGUUAUUUACGCGGAUCGUGUGCGAAGUUGUUAGGUAGCAAACGGUCACCUUUAACAAUAUAUUGAAAUCGCGCUGUUAAUAGCGUGUUAGUUGGUACGUAUUUACUAUUUUAAGAAGCCGUAAUUGAUAAGAGUCUGUCAAGCCUAUGGAUCAAUGUGUAAACGUGGAGCGAGAGUUGGAGAAAGUGCUUCAAAAUUUCUCCAGCUAUGGACAACAUUGUGAUAAAGUGCUACAGGAGCUUGUCGAUUACACAAGUGGGCUUAAGGACGAAAUUGUACAGGCUGGUGAAUUGGAGCUGUCAGGCACCCUUUCGCUGGUGCUCUCUCAGUGCUGCAAGCGAAUAAAAGACACGGUGCAGAAACUGGCCGUGCACCAUAAGGACAUCCAUAGCAGUGUGUCCAGGGUGGGAAAAGCCAUCGAUAAGAACCUGGACUCGGACCUGGGCAGCGUGGGCAUCGAGGGAUGCUGGCAGGCUGACAGCCAGCGGCUGCUCAGUGAGGUCAUGGUCGAGCAUUUCUUCAGGCAAGGUGUGCUGGACGUGGCGGAGGAGCUGUGUCAGGAAGCUGGACUUUGCAUUGACCCAAACCAAAGGGAACCUUUCAUAGAAUUAAACAGGAUAUUAGAAGCACUUAAACUCAGAGAUUUAAGACCUGCUUUAGAGUGGGCGGUGGAGAACCGUGAGAUGCUUAUGGCCCAAAACAGCUCCCUGGAGUUCAAACUUCACCGCCUCAGCUUCAUCAGGUUGCUGAUGGGAGGAACAGCCAAUCAGAGAGAAGCCCUGCAGUAUGCAAGGAACUUUCAACCUUUUGCCAUCAACCAUCAGAAAGACAUACAGGUGCUCAUGGGCAGCUUGGUGUACCUGCGCCAGGGCAUAGAGAACUCACCCUACGUCCACCUGCUCGACUCGAACCAGUGGUCUGACAUCUGCGACAUCUUCACCCGCGACGCCUGCUCACUGCUGGGCCUCUCUGUGGAGUCUCCCCUGAGUGUCAGUUUCUCGGCUGGCUGCGUCGCUCUGCCCGCCCUCAUUAACAUCAAGGCUGUCAUUGAACAGAGGCAGUGCAUAGGGGUGUGGACCCAGAAAGAUGAACUCCCGAUCGAGGUGGACCUGGGCAAGCGGUGCUGGUACCACUCGGUGUUCGCUUGCCCCAUCCUCAGGCAGCAAACCACAGACAGCAACCCCCCCAUGAAGCUGGUGUGCGGCCACAUUAUCUCCAAAGACGCCCUCAACAAAAUGAUCAACGGCAGCAAGUUGAAGUGCCCGUACUGUCCCAUGGAGCAGGUGCCAUCGGAUGCCAAGCAGAUCUACUUCUGAGGAGAUGAUGCCAAGCAGGGGACCCGCCAUUCAGUCUGCAGCGAGGCCUCUAGUUUGUGGAGGAACAGACGCUUUGCUGUGUUCAUGUAAGAGUGAAGCAUAGUAUUCUUUAGUCAUCGAAAGAGUUUCACAAGCCAUUAAUGUUUGAGUUUGUAGGCGUGAUGACAGAUACUCAUUUUUAAUAAAACCCACCUGAAGAGCUUCGAAUUUUGAGAUCUGCAUCACUUUGCAUGCCAUCUAAUGUUACCACUGUCGAAUGUUUCAGAUUUUUUGAAGAACUGUAUAUAUGAAAUCGAUGUUUAGGUUUCUUAGGUUAGAUUAAGUAUGUUGUUUUCCUCUUAUUUUGGGUGAUGUUAAAAGCCAAAUGACAAACUGGGUAUAAAAGACUCAGAUAUUUAAGAUUAAGGUUCAUUGCUAAUUUUUACUUGUUUUACUUAAAAGUUGUUAAUUGAGAAUAUUAUUUUAGUUUUAUUGCUUACGAAGGAGAUCUUUGAAGAUAGUUUAUUUAAAAAGAUAAACUACUGAACUGAGAGAUUUAUAUAUGUUAUAUUGUCCGGAUAGACAGGUUCUAAAAUGAAACCUUUCCAGUGUUGUUCACGCUGCCUGUGACUGUUGUGCUGACAAUAAGCUGAAACACUUUUUAUAUUUGAAAUAUGAGGUUCGGUAUAAUUUGCGGGGGAAUAUUUUGUAAUUGUUCCUGGGUUUUUUUGUUUUUUUUUUAAAGUUGUCCUGGGAACCAGUUGUGGUGCGGUAAAUAGGGGUCACUGGCGUACACUUUAUUAAGCAGACUUCGCUAGCAGAGAAAAUAGAGCUACGCCAUCGGCGGAGCAGCCAGCCUGUGGAUGAUGCUUUGUUUUGGGCCGCUAGGUGGUGCUGUUGAGCUUGUUCCAGAUAAUGUAUGUUUAUUUACGUACUACAAUGUGUCAAAUAUUAGAUAUCGACUGAAGUACGACCUUAUGUUCUUGUCAUGUACUGCUAUUUCUAUGAAUGAUUUGGAAAUAAAGACAAGGAUAAGAUUAA